AUGUUCGAGGAGAAGGUUUUAGUUGGAGUUGCUUCGGCUUUCUCAACCUUGGCUGUUGUUGCUUGCCUUGUUGUUAUUCCAUCUCUUUACAACACAAUCAAUGAAGUUCAUGAUGAGGUAAUUUUGAAAUGAAAAAAAAUAAUUUGAAAAAUAAUCAAAUAAAUUAUUAUAGGUUCUUGAUGGAGUUUCAGUUUUCCGUGUUGAAACUGAUUCAGCUUGGACUGAAAUGAUGGAUAUUCAAAUUACCGUAACCCCACCAUCAAAGCCACGUGUCAAUCCAUUCAACUCAAUCUUCCGUCAAAAACGUCAAACAUUCUCUGGACUUCCCAGCAUGGUGCCAAUGCGAGCCAACCAAACCAACUUGCCCACCAGGACCACCAGGACCACCAGGACCAGCUGGACAACCAGGAGUUCCAGGAGCCCCAGGACCAAAGGGAGAAGAUAACACUUCUACUUAUGCUCCAAUUACCUGUGCUCCAGUCUCACAAGACUGCGUCAAGUGCCCACAAGGACCAGCCGGAGAAGCCGGACCAGCAGGACCAGCUGGACCAGCAGGACCAGACGGACAACCAGGACAACCAGGAAACGCCGGAGCCCCAGGAGCCCCAGGAGCCCCAGGACCAGCUGGAGAUGAUGGACAACCAGGAGCACCAGGACAAGACGGACAACCAGGAGCCCCAGGACAAGACGGACAAAGAGGACAAGGAGCCCCAGGAGCCCCAGGAGCCCCAGGAAACGCUGGACCAGCUGGACCAAACGGAGACAAUGGAGCUCCAGGAUCAGACGGACAACCAGGACCAGCCGGACCAGCUGGACAAGAUGGACAACCAGGAAAUGCUGGACCAGACGGACAACCAGGAGCUCCAGGAGGACCAGGACUUCCAGGACCAGAUGCCGCUUAUUGUGCCUGUCCACCAAGAUCAGCUGUCUUUGUCUCAAGACAUUAG